GAAGUGAUCGCGGAUGAUCCGGUGUCCGUCCGGGAGAGCGCGUGAUAUCUAACUGGCUCCUUGUCUCGGCUGAGGUCAGUCAGGUGUGCAGCUGUGUCAGACACAGGGACAGAUGAGCUGAGCGUGUACCUGCAGGCUGCUCAGAGGCAGAUCCUCUGCAGAACACGCCCUGAUAGAAAAGGUAGACUCUCUCUCUCACACACACAUACACACACACACACUGAGCCUGAUCACUGAGGAGCCGAGCUGCUUACCUGAAAACAACAGCCCCAAUGCUCCACCGCAGGCUCGCACCACCGGACACCUACCAAAUGAAAUCAGGACGAGUUGGGUUUGUCCCGAGGAGCUUUGUUGGACACCUGGACAGCCCGCGGGACUCGGGGGAGGAGUAAGGCUGGUUGUUGUGAGAGCAGAGCACUAAUCCACCGGCUGGGCUCAGCACCAUGAGUAGGAAGACACGGCGCUGGAUUUUCCAUUUUUUCCUGUGCCUUGGAGUAUUGUAUCUGAAAAUCGGGGGUCUGUCAUCGGUGGUUGCGCUGGGAGCCAGCAUCAUCUGCAAUAAAAUCCCCGGCUUGGCCCCCCGUCAGAGGACUAUCUGUCAGAGCCGGCCCGACGCGAUCAUAGUGAUCGGAGAGGGAGUUCAGAUGGGGAUCAAUGAGUGUCAGUUUCAGUUCAGACACGGACGCUGGAACUGCUCGGCCCUGGCAGAGAGGACCGUGUUCGGGAAAGAGCUCAAAGUGGGCAGUAAGGAGGCUGCGUUCACCUAUGCUAUCAUCGCUGCCGGGGUCGCCCAUGCAGUCACUGCGGCCUGCACCCAGGGGAGUCUGAGCGGCUGCGGCUGCGACAAGGAGAAGCAGGGUUUCUACAACCAGGAGGAGGGCUGGAAGUGGGGUGGCUGCUCUGCAGACAUCCACUACGGCCUGAGUUUCUCUAAGGUGUUUGUGGACGCGCGGGAGAUCAAGCAGAAUGCCAGGACUCUCAUGAAUUUACAUAACAAUGAAGUGGGACGCAAGGUCCUGGAGAAGGGCAUGCGUCUGGAGUGCAAGUGUCACGGUGUGUCAGGAUCCUGCACCACCAAGACAUGCUGGACAACGCUCCCCAAGUUCCGUCAGCUGGGAUACCUCCUCAAGGACAAGUACAACCAGGCUGUACAUGUGGAACCGGUACGAGCCAGCCGCAACAAGCGCCCCACCUUCCUAAAGAUCAAGAAACCCCAUUCCUACCGCAAGCCCAUGGACACAGAUCUGGUCUACAUCGAGAGGUCGCCCAACUACUGCGAGGCCGACCCUCUGACCGGCAGCAUGGGAACACAGGGUCGCCUGUGCAACAAAACGGCCCUGCAGCCCAACAGCUGCGACCUGAUGUGUUGUGGUCGAGGAUAUAACACACACCAGUACUCACGCGUUUGGCAGUGCAACUGCAAGUUCCUGUGGUGCUGCUAUGUGAAAUGCAACACCUGCAGCGAGAGGACAGAGGUGUAUACCUGUAAAUAGAAAUAUUUAUUGGACGUGUAUUCAGAUGCACAGCUAGACUGGACUUUUUAAGAAUAAGGAUUCUCUGUGGCUGAUACACGUAUGUGGAGUGAUGCCUUGCAGUGUUGGCAUUACAACAAUCACAACAACCGGUUCCUCCAAUGUGUGUUGAUUAUACUGAUGCCAAUGGACAUCUGCCAUGACACUGGACUAAACUUAUGGACUCAUAAAUUCCUUUUUUACAUUUUGAUUUGAAUGCCAUGUCCUGCCCCAGGCUUGACUUGUCUCAGGCCACAUAUUGGCAUAACUCACCUCAAACAGUCAUAGUUUUAUAGACUAAUAAUUUAUUAAAUGAGAAAACUACUGAUGAUUUUUAAAUUCACUGUUAACUAUAUCUGGUAAGGUUUUAAGUUGGUGCAGAUGCCUUCAAGUGCACAUAAAAACAAAAAGAUUUUAUUUUUUUUGUUAACAAGACAACUUACACACUGGAGCUGAAAACUGACACGGUCAGAGCUGAACUCGACUGAAAGACAUAUUUGAGUGUCUGCAGCCUAUUUGCGUUAAGCCUAGCAGAAGAACAUUAAACUACUGAUCCUGGGCUCGGUAUGAUAGUAUUGUUUUCUACAUGUUUCUGUCCCCCUCCCCCACAGUUUGCUGCUAGUUGUCUGGAAUGUUCUGGAGUUUGUGACUGAGCAGCCAUAUUGACUCUUCAAGUUAAGUUGACACCACCAGGAGCAAACGAAUGCUUCCAGACAUAAAUUUCCCUUAAUGUCAGUUGAUAGAAUAUAUUUUGUAAGAGAUUAUUUUUAUAUAUUUUUUUAUUUAUUUUCUAUCUUUAUGUAAGAUAUUUUCCCUUAGCAUUUCUAACUGUUCAGUUACUGAGUUUACCACUGAAACACUGUUUUAAAAAUGUGCCUUGUUCCUCAGCAGUAGAACAUAAUAAUGUUAUAUUGAAAUGUGCCACAUUGUAACUUGUAACCCAUUUCAGGAAACUUUACUCACCUGCUUUGUUACUUAUAGAGAGCCAAAGUCCUGACGUCACCUCCACGCUAGCUACUGUACCAACGUUAGCUUAAAUGACUCAGCUAUCUGUUGUGCCUUUUAUCUGUCUUUCUAAAAAAGUCAACUGUGUUUUUGUGGUUCCAUACUCUAAGUUAAAUUGGUAUCUACUACAGCACUUGCCAUGAAAAUUUGAACCCUUCUGAAUUUUAAUAAAGUUAAACAAAUAAAUCUGUUAGCAUUCCAAAACUACAACUAGCUUACUAUGAUUUUUUUAACAGCGUAAUACACCUGUAGUAAGUAUUACCAGUCAACCUGUUCUCAUUCCGAAGUCGUCAAAUACCGCAGCUUGGUCACUGAUUUUGGCACCAGACAAAACAAAAAAGGCAUCCAUUCACAGUGGUAUGAUACCCCACCAUGUAGCGUCAGUGCAUAAUGCCACUGGGCAGCGUCUGUUUGAAACACCGCCAGACAACAACGUAAUUUAAGGAGCUGGAAAGUCUGUAUAGGGCGGACAGGCGGGGCAGCAAAUUGGUCCAACAAACACCGGAUUUCCACCCGGUGUUUGCUUCCUGUAUGAAUGUUGAGCCAGACCAUGAUGUUUCCUUUAAACCUAACCAUGUGCUUUUGUUGCACAAGGAAAUAAACAUAAAUUCAAGGUGUUUUACUGAUGUUGUAGGUUUAUUUUUAAAAAGACUAUGCAUCUAGCGAGCAGAAACUGUACAUUUCCUGUGAAAACAGAAGUGUACCAUCAAAAGACACAAUGCAUGUAACAGGCGUAAAUUGACACGGCAUCCCAGAAUGUCAACAACCCAGGAUACCUAGCGUGUCAAAUGUUAACAUAAAAGUCCACUGACUAAAUAGCGAUAUUUGACGAGCUGGGAGUGAGAAUGUGUUGUACAAGUAAUACGUCAUUCUAACUGUUGGUUUCUCCCUUAUCUACGAUAUCCACUCUUAGUCUUUUUGUCGUCUUUCCAUCUUUUAGCUGUAAUCUCUGGCGUCUGUGUUACUCUGUCAUGACUAGCUGGUAACAUGUAACCCACAAAGGUCUUCAGUGGUGUUUGUUAAACAUAAUGUUAAAAAAAAACAUAAAUAUUAAACAUAAAUAAAUGUUAGAUUAUCCAGACAUAGAGAUUGAACCACAUGUCAUACUGUUUCAAGGUUACGUUUCAAGAUUGGAUCUUUAGCAUCUGUGUUCCCACAUAUGUGAUGUGAAUGAGGUUACAAUACUUCAGGGACAGAAUCUGAGAGUAACAGUGUCACUUUGGCUCUCUAUAGGGUUUACAAGUGAUCCACAACUGUGCUUUUGUGUCAGGUCUCUCACCAACAUCGACUGGGGCUGGGUAUCAGUUCAUACAGCCUAGGCCUAAAUAUUUUUUGGCCUUUUAUUAGACAGUGAAACGUAGAGAGAUUGGGGGAGAUGGAUGGGGAAUGAUAUUUAACAAAUGUCCCUGAGUGGAUAUGACCUUGGGAUUCAUGAUUGGCGCCUCUGCGCCACUAAGAGAUCCCAGCUGUGUAUUGUUGGCCAUUAUAUUGCUGGAAAAAUUUAGCAUAUCCUCAUCAAGUGGCUGAAAAAUUAAGCCAACACAAAAGUGCCAAAACUGCAGUCAUGACAACUUUAUGGGGGUGAAUUUUUAUAUACUUUAUAUGUCCUUAGCUUCUCUAUCAGAUCCACCCCUCGCUCAUCCUCCCUCUCGCCCAAAUAGGGUCACUUCCGGCUCCAAAAAACCAAGAUGGCCCUGGCUGUCAUGCCAAAUUGAAGGCUUCAGUUUGGGAGUCCGCAAACCAAUCGGUGACAUCACAGUAGCUACAUCCAUUAUUUUUACUGUUAAUGACCUCACACAAUGUUCGUAUGAAUAUUGGAAUAUGGACAGAAUGCAGUGCAUAGGUCACAUCCUGGCUCACAAUUACGUGGGUUGUAUAUGAAUAACUGCAUUAUUUUUUGUAGAUAUAAGUACAAACACUGACAAUACAUAAAAUAAAUAAUAAAUACAAUAAAGUUUUGAUUAGAUCAUGAAAUAUCUGAUUAUGGAAUAAUUAAGACAAAGAAUCCAGACAUAGAAUUCAAUCAAAACUUUUGAUUCUUAGCUCGGCGGACACAUUCCGGUCUGUGCCUAAUAAGUAUGACGAUGUGAUACCCAGUCCUGAUCCUAAACAGGAACACUAAGCACCAGUCGUGACUGUACAGUAUCAUGACAGGUCGAUAAUUGGUAAAACUGCCUUCAGGUUGGUUAUGGUUGCAAAAACCAUCCAGUUUCGGUUAUUAUAAAGAGUUUCUAGUGCCGGUCAAUACUGACUCAGUCCUCAUUAAAGCUUGUUCUUGUAUAUGAUUGAACUGAUGAAAUUAUAUCACCCAACUGCUGUAGUGCUCUUAAUCUGAGGUCAUUGUUGACGUAUUUCAUGUAAAACCACAUUGUUAUUUCAUUCAUCUUUGGUCAAUAAAUGUUGUC